AGUAAUUAAAAUUCCCAGCGAAGCUGAAUUUACUGCUGCACUCAAUAAGCCGAAGGAACAAAAGGGGCCAAAAAAGCAGCUACAAGGCCAGAAUGUCACUGCUAACAAGAGAAGGCAGCGAGCUCUGAAAAAUAAUUACGGGCCAAGAACAAUAAUAAUAAGCAACAUGAGCAGCCUGUCAGCCGGAGGAGCAGGAGCACCUGGAGCACCAGGAGCAGGAGGAGGAGGAGGGGGAGCAGAUCCUACUGCUUCUGUGGCCUCUGCUGCUGCGGCAACUGUUACUGCCACCGGCAACAUGGAGCCGGCGAUGGUGCCACGUACCGCCAAUUUGCUGGCAUGCAAACAAUGGUGGCGCGUCUGCUUUCUGUACGGCGACCAGCAGAAGUAUUAUCGACAGCUCUAUAGCAAGGCGGCGGCCAAGCGGCUGGCGGACGCUAAUCAGGAUCAGGACAACGACAACGGCAACGGCAACAACAACGACAAUGGCCGCGAUCGGGAGUACGACACCGUGGACUGCGAUCUUAUCGCCGGGCAAUUAGAUGCCGUCGAGGACGCGGACGAUGGCAUCGAUCUGGGAGACUCUGCGGGCACUUCGAAGGGCGGCGGGAGGACCCUCUUCCCGCUCUCCUCCUCCCCGCGACGGAGCAAGAAGCUCCUGCGAUCCCUGCGAGCCCACGUCCGCGGGGAGAAGUCGGGGAAGCAGAUCCCCACCGCCACUGCCAAUGAGUCCGUUGAGGUGACCCAGCGGAACGCCAGGGUGACCGUCCUCGACGAUCCCUUCCUCUUCGGGAUCGACGCCGACCAUUUGGGUGACCUGGUGGUAAGGGGCAAGCGGUACAGCUCUCUAGACGCCACCGAGAACAUGGCCAAGUUCUACGGCCAGGAGCAGGAGGAGGCCACCGCCCAGGUCCUGGAGAUCAUCGAGCAGGAGGAGGAGGAGCCGCCGCCGCAGCAGGAAGCACCCAAGCCCGCCCUGCCGCCCAAGCAGAAGCAGCCGCGUCCUGUGCCGCCACUUCCCCCUCCGCCGGCGAACAGGACGACGCAGGCGAAGGAGCUGCCCACCGCAUCCCCACAAGUGCCCCUGCAAGCAAUGCAACCCCUGACCGCCGGCGAUCUGCAGUUCCUGAACCUGAGCCAGCGGCACCGCAGCUUACCGCGCAGCAUGAAGCCGUUUAAGGAUGCCCACGAUAUCAGUUUCACUUUCAACGAACUGGACGCGAGCGCCGCACCGGAAGCGGCGGCCACAGGAGCCGCCCAGCAGGAGGCAAAUGAGCCCAUCAGCCGCACUCCGCUGACGCAGAUCUCCUAUCUGCAGAAGAUCCCCACGCUACCGCGCCACUUCUCGCCCAGUGGGCAGGGCCUGGCCACGCCCCCCGCCUCCGCCCUCGCCGGCAGCGGCGGUCUGCCCAGCAGCUCCUCCGCCAGCGCCCUCUACGCCGCCCAGACGGCCGCCGGAAUCCUGCCCACCUCCCCGCUGCCCCUGCAGCGCCACCAGCAGUACUUGCCGCCGCACCACCAACAGCUCCCGGGAUUGGGAGUGCCACCGACCGGGGGAGGAGGAGGAGCCCCCUUGGACCCCCCGUACUCCCCGAACCCCAAGUACUCGAACGCGGCCCAGUUGCCGCCCCCGCCGCACCACCACCACCAGCUGUCGCCGGCCCUGUCCACCCCUUCGCCGCCCUCGCUGCUCCACCACCCCGCCGGAGGCACCUCCUCCGCCCCCGGACACGCCCCCUUCCUGGGCGGACCGCACAUGGACCUGCAGCGGCAGUCGCACUCGGACGACGACAGUGGCUGCGCCCUCGAGGAGUACACGUGGGUGCCACCCGGACUGCGGCCCGACCAGGUUCGUUUGUAUUUCUCGCAAAUACCCGACGACAAAGUGCCAUACGUCAACAGUCCGGGGGAGCAGUAUCGAGUGCGACAAUUGCUGCACCAACUUCCGCCGCAUGAUAACGAGGUUCGUUACUGUCACUCACUGACGGAUGAGGAGCGCAAGGAGCUGCGGCUCUUCUCCACGCAGCGAAAGCGCGAUGCCCUGGGUCGUGGAAAUGUGCGGCAGCUGAUGAGUGCCCGACCCUGCGACGGGUGCGACGAUCUGAUUUCCACGGGCGACAUCGCGGUGUUCGCCACGCGACUCGGUCCAAAUGCCAGCUGGCAUCCGGCGUGCUUCUCCUGCUGCGUCUGCCGGGAGCUCCUCGUGGACCUCAUCUACUUCCACCGCGAUGGGAGGAUGUACUGCGGACGCCACCACGCCGAGACCCUCAAGCCCCGCUGCUCCGCCUGCGACGAGAUCAUCCUGGCGGACGAGUGCACGGAGGCGGAGGGCAGGGCGUGGCACAUGAACCACUUCGCGUGCCACGAGUGCGACAAGCAGCUGGGCGGGCAGCGGUACAUCAUGCGGGAGGGCAAGCCGUACUGUCUGCACUGCUUCGACGCGAUGUUCGCCGAGUACUGCGACUACUGCGGGGAGGCCAUCGGGGUGGACCAGGGCCAGAUGAGCCACGACGGGCAGCACUGGCACGCGACGGACGAGUGCUUCUCGUGCAACACGUGCCGCUGCUCGCUCCUGGGAAGAGCGUUCCUGCCGCGCCGCGGGGCGAUCUACUGCUCGAUCGCCUGCAGCAAGGGCGAACCUCCGACGCCGUCGGACAGCUCCGGCACCGGGAUGUACCCCACGCCCACGCCGCCCGCCCAGCGGAUGCGGACCCACGCGCAGGCACCUCUCCCCGCGCGCAUCCCCAGCAGCCACGCCUCCAGCUCGCCGCCCAUGUCGCCGCAGCAGCAGCAGCACCACCAGGCGACCUUUAACCAGGCGAUGUACCAGAUGCAGAGCCAGCAGCUGGAGGCGGCUGGAGGAUUGGCGGGCGGACUGGCGGGCGGACUGGCGGAGCAGGGAAAGAGCUACGCCACCUCGGACUCAGACGCGGGCGUGGUCAAGGACCUGGAGCCGGGCGGGCACAUGGGAGCCGGCGACCUGACCGACUUCUCGGGCGGACGAGCCUCGAGCACCUCGCAGAACCUCUCCCCGCUGAACUCGCCCGGCGACUUCCAGCCGCACUUCCUCCCGAAGCCGAUGGAGCUGCAGCGCGACGGGGUGUACAACUUCAACGAGAUGUCCUCCAACCUGGACGCGGCCUGGCCGGCGAAGCCCUCGAACAGCUACCAGAUGCAGCGGCAGCUCCUGGAGAACCCGCACACGGCGAGCAUGCCGGAGCUGGGGGGCCAGCUGCCCCCCGUCCACCUGCAGCACCUCUCGCAGCUGCACGCCGUCUCCUCGCAGCAGUUCCAGCAGCACGAGUACGCGGACAUCCUGCACCCGCCGCCCCCGCCCCCUGGCGAGGUUCCCGAGCUGCCCACCCCCAACCUCAGCGUGGCCUCCACCGCCCUGCCGCCCGAGCUGAUGGGAUCGCCCACCCACUCGGCGGGGGAGCGGUCCCUGAACACGCCCCUCUCUACGCAGUCGGCGGGCCACGCCCCCCCGCAUCCCGUGUCCAUCCUGAGUGGCGCCUCCUCCUCCUCGCCGAUGAGCGGGGAACCAGCGAAGAAGAAGGGCGUGCGCUUCGAGGGGAUUCCGGACACACUUCCCCGAUCGAGGAGCUACUCGGGCAACGGAGCGGGAACCAGUGGUGGUGGCGGAGAGAGGGAGCGGGAGAGGGAGAGGGAUAGGGAUAGGGAGCGGGACAAGGACAAGGACAAGGAGGGAGGAGGACGUCAUGGCCACGGCCACUCCUCCCGCAGGCGAAGGCGCCGCAAGUCCAGCUCCUCGCACCACCGCAGUGGGAGUGGCCACCGCUCGCACUCCACCACGCGGGCGGACACCUAUGCGCCCGCCCAGCCGCUCUCCUCCUCCUACCAAGGACCGCCCUCUGCCCUCCAGGCAGCCAACCUGGUGCAGGAGUCGCCCGGCCGACCACAGAGGGAAAGGGAGAGGGAACGGGAUCGCGAGCGGGAGAGGGAGAGGGAGGAGUCCGAGGAGUCGGACGUGUGCUCCACCUGCUCGUCGAGCUCCUCCAGCUCGGAGGACUACAUGAUGAUGUACCAGCUGCCGCAGAGGCGCCACUACGGCGGGGUGAGGGUGAGCUACGUGCCCAACGACGCACUGGCCUACGAUCGCAAGAGGAAGCCCAGCGAGAUGGGCGGCGACAAGGACAAGAACUGCAUCAUCUCGUGAUGCAGUCCGCCGGAGGGGCAGCCAAUCAGCAGCGACCAGAUGCACAGAUGCAGAUACAGAUUCAGAUACAGAUUCAGAUACAGAUACAGAUACAGAUAGAGAUCCAGAUGCAGAUGUUAUUAAUGCAACUCCAUCGCGUGGCUAACGAAGUGGCCCAGAACGCUCGCGGGGAUCAUCAAUUCCUCGCCGCGGAGGCAACCGCCUCAUCACAAAGCAAAGUAAAGUUCAACUUGACAUUAAGGCGCCUAGUUAAGAUGCACUCACAAACACACACACACACAUAUGCAACUCCCGAGGAGGAGACCCUACAAUAAGAGCCAACACUGUUCCAAAUACACAUCCCUAGUUAAGCCAGUUGGAGGAGAUUCAACCUAUAUACAUAUUUCUAUGAUAACGAGUAGCGUAGGGAUGACCCUAUUUAUACAAACACUCUAUAUUUAUUGCAUUACUAGGCUUAAAGGAUACUCUAAACUUACAACUAGGGAAGUAAGUUGAAAAGCACAGGGUUUCUCAAGACUCUGCUGCUGGCAAUUGGGCUAAUGAAACUCUACAAUAACUCUAGCUUAAGCCGAUAAACUGUACGACAUUCACAAGAAUAAAGUUCAAAGAAAGUAA